AUGGAUAUUUUAACGGCAUUUGGUUUCUUGGUGUUCUUGACCUCCAGCUUCCUCAAGAUGGAUAUCAGCCGGGGUUACACGGAUCCAAGCGGCCGCCAUCGUCGAGUUGGUGGUAAAGAUUUGACAGCUACUGGUGUCUACCCGGCCACAUUCGCGAUGAACGUUGCGGGCCUAUUGGACAACCACUUCAAGACUAUGAAACCCAAACCCAUGGUCGACGAGCUGGAAAUGGAACUGGUCGAUGACUCGUGCGAUGAAAGCUCUGACUCCGGCCUGGAGAACUUGGUCGGCAAUAUCUCCAUGUGA